CCUCAGUCCCUCCUCAGCCGUGCCUUUCACGGCCUCACAGCGACCCACGGUCUGCACGCUCCGGUGGAGUGGCUCCAUGGGUGCCGUUUCAUGCCGUUGCCGUGGCCUCGGGAGGUCCAGUGUCACCUGAUGGAGCUCAGUCAAUCAAGCUCCGUGGAGGCCUUGGGACCGCAGGAGGCCUUGGGACAGAACUGGCUCUUGCGGCUAGGGACACCAGGAGGCGACCGUCGCUCCCGGCUGCUCAGCGGUCGAGAACAGGCACGACAUGCGAUCCUCUCGUGGCGGCUGAAACGGCCCUACUUGAUUUACAGCUUGGCCUGUGCCACCGUGAUGUUUGGCCUCUUAGUUUGGAACAUUGUGAAAGGCAUCCAGAACAACUGGAACCUUCCGCAGUGGAAACACCACCGUUGGGAAGAAGUCUUGGAGGUCACGAUUGGCCUCGUGAUUGUCCUCGAGGUCCUCCUGACCCUGCGCGUGCUUGGGGUGCGAGACUUCUUGGCCAAUCCCUGGUGUGUUUUCGAUGCGACCGUGGCUGUGCUUACAGUUGUUUCAACCGGCUACGGCCUGGAGCAUUUGGGCCGGCAGGGAGAGAUUUGCGAGGCGCAGCUCCCCUUGCUUUUUCUGCGCUUUGUGCUUCAACCUGCUCGACUGCUAGCUGCUGUGGUCUCAACCUGGCGAACCCGACGGAUGCAGUUGGAUGCGCACGAGCUGCGCGUGGAUGUGAGAAAUCUCUCCACGAACGGCACACGCUUCCAAGCUCUUCAGGCGAACUCGUGCUGUGAGGAACUCAACUGAGAACGCAAUCCGGGUGGCAAAGCGUCCGAGCCCUCAAAAACGGGUGAAAGGGAAUGACAAAGAGGUGCCAAGGAUAGCUGCUGCAACAUUGACGCGAGGGGGGGGCAGCAAGACUGGA